UCAGAGAGAGAGGGAAAGAGAGAGACAGAGAGAGAGAGAGAGGAAAAGAGAGCACAGACACAGGGAGAGAGGGAAAGAGAGCACAGACAUAGAGAGAGACGGAUAGACAGAGAAACGGAGGAACAGACAGAGAGAGAGGGGGAAAGAGAGACCCGGACAGAGAGAGAAACAGACAGACAGGGAAACAGAGAGGAAAAGAGAGCACCGACACAGAGAGAGAGGGAAAGAGAGAUACGGAUAGACAGAGAGAAACAGAGGAACAGGCAGAGAGAGAGGGAAAGAGAGCGACAGACAUAGAGAGAGGGAAAGAGAGCGACAGACAUAGAGAGAGAGAGAGAGAGAGAGAGAGAGAGAGAGAGAGAGAGAGAGAGAGAGAGAGAGAGAGAGAGAGAGAGACAGACAGAGAGCCUACUGUCCAUCACCUUAAAUUAUUUGGGUUAACAUUUUAAUAUAACUUCAGCCCUUGAGAGGUUUCUGGUGUGACCACUGUAUUUUAAAAGUAUUCCUUUGUUCUCAACUAAAAACUUUACAGAAUGAAGCCGUGCACCUUUCCGCACCUGCAAAUAGGUUUUAAUUAAAAAAAAAAAAACUUUUAGAACAAAUUAAUGGAUCCAGUCAACAGAAACGCUGGAGUGCCUUUAUCUUGAAAACGUCUUGAGGAAGUGUGGCCAACAUUCACAUUUGUGUCAUAUUCAACCGCAAGUAAACAUUUCUUCAGAAACAUUCGACAGAUAACACAGAAAUGUCUUCAGAAACGUUCGACAGCAGAUGUGUCAUCUCUCAUCUGUUAACAUGGGCGCGGAAAUGAAAACCGAGCUGUUCCGCCGCCGUCCCGCGUCCAAUGUGUGGCCCGGGCGUCAGUCGAGCGUGAAGCAGUGUUGACAGGAGCGUAGUUGUCGGCGGAGCGGCGGCAGCAGACAGCAUCACCGGAGCCGAAUGGAGUAAUCACAGACUUAUUAUCCCACACAGCGUCUUAUUUACGAGCAUUGUUUACACCGUACAUACAGCGACGCCAUGGCAGACGACCAGUCCUCCCAAUCCUGGUCAAUCGACAAGGAUGACUACGAACUCAACGAGGUGAUAGGGAGUGGAGCCACUGCAGUUGUCCAGGCAGCCUACUGCAAACCCAGGAAGGAGAAGGUGGCCAUCAAACGCAUCAACCUGGAGAAGUGUCAGACUAGCAUGGAUGAGCUCCUGAAAGAGAUCCAGGCUAUGAGCCAGUGCCACCAUCCAAACAUUGUGUCUUACUAUACAUCCUUUGUGGUGAAGGAUGAACUGUGGCUCGUGAUGAAGCUUCUCAGUGGUGGCUCUGUGUUGGACAUCAUCAAACAUAUCAUCUCUCGUGGCGAGCACAAGAGCGGGGUGUUGGACGAGGCCAGUAUCGCUUCCAUCCUGAAAGAAGUGCUGGAGGGGCUGGAGUAUCUUCACAAAAACGGGCAGAUUCAUCGGGAUGUAAAGGCUGGAAAUAUUUUGCUUGGGGAUGAUGGCUCAGUGCAAAUUGCUGACUUUGGUGUGAGUGCCUUUCUAGCAACAGGAGGAGACAUGACUCGGAACAAGGUUCGGAAGACGUUUGUGGGGACGCCGUGUUGGAUGGCCCCGGAGGUCAUGGAGCAGGUAGGAGGCUUGUUUUGUAGAUUACAUCUUUCUCUGCCCCAUAACUUAAAUAUAACUGAAAGACUUAAGAGCUUUGCUUACUUGGUUCCACAGGUCCAUGGCUAUGACUUCAAAGCAGACAUCUGGAGUUUUGGGAUAACAGCCAUUGAACUCGCCACAGGGGCUGCACCAUAUCACAAAUACCCACCAAUGAAGGUGCUGAUGUUAACUUUGCAGAAUGACCCUCCCUGUCUGGAGACGGGCAUCACAGAUAAGGAAAUGGUGAAGAAGUACGGAAAGUCCCUCAGGAAGAUGAUCUCCCUGUGUUUACAGAAAGAUCCUGAAAAAAGGCCAACUUCUGCUGAGUUGCUGAAACACAAAUUCUUCACUAAAGCCAAGAACAACGAGUACUUGCAGGAGAGGCUUCUACACAAAGGGCCAACAAUAACCCAGCGAUCAAAAAAGGUGCGUCGUGUGCCUGGCUCGAGUGGCCGCCUCCACAAGACGGAGGAUGGUGGUUGGGAGUGGAGUGACGAGGAGCUGGAUGAGGAGAGCGAGGAGGGCAUAGCUGCUAUUACAGCUCUGCGGUCGCCCAGAGUGAAGGACGGGUCCCAGAAUAUGGAGCUUUUUCCACCAGCAGCUGGCUCCACAGGACAUCUGCAGCCACCCGCUGCAGCACAUGAGGGCCCUGUGAGUGCAGGCAAGACAGGCGAGGAUGCCUCACCACAGGCUCCCAUGCAAACAGCGAGCCUGUCACUUGCUCAGGAUCCUUCUGCAGCCGAUCCUAGUGUUCCCAUCAGCCUCGUCCUGAGACUGAGAAAUCUCAAGAAGGAACUCAAUGACAUCCGAUUUGAGUUCAUGUCCGGCAGAGACUCUGCUGAUGGAGUUUCUCAGGAGUUGGUUUCAGCCGGGCUGGUGGAUGGGAGGGACUUAGUCAUUGUUGCUGCCAAUUUGCAAAAGAUUGUUGAUGAUCCUCAUAGUAACAAAAAUCGGACCUUUAAACUGGCAUCAGGUGUGGAGGAGUCUGAAAUUCCUGAUGAUGUUAAACUCAUCGGAUUUGCUCAGCUCAGCAUCAGUUAAGUCAAGCGGAGCCAGCAAAAAGGGACUGAAACAAAUGGUAUUGCACAGCUGAAUUGUAGUCAGUUCCAAGAGACCACUACUGCCAAAGAGAGGAGGAGGAGGAGGAAGAGGAUGAUGAAACGUGAAGCUGGCAGGACUGUGACACUACUGCAGGAUGCAUGAGGACCACAUUGAGACGAGGCUCAGUUCAUCAAAGGAUCACACUUGAAACGUUUACAGUGCGCUUAUACAGUAAAUGGGAGAACGGAUGCAAUCAGCUAUAUGAACUCCUAAUUUCUUUCCCUUUGUUUUUUUCCUCUUCAUACAUAAGCACAAUCCAAACAUCUCCUGCCAGUACUGGAAGUGAUUGCCUUUAAUUUUGUUUUUCCUUAAUCAUUAGUGCCACAAAACUCAUGAGUGUUGCGCGACCUUACAUGGCACUUUAUGCUACAUUGAAAUUGAAAAUAAUAAAUUCAGCCUUAGGUGCUCAAACAAUAGAUUUUACCAGUGUGAUUGGUGAAAAAUUAAGUCUAUUUGUGAUUAUUUGGUGUAUUCUAUUAACACAGAUUUAUGAAAUCUAAAAGGAAACACUUGUAAAAUCCGAUAUAAACACACUGCAGCAUAGUUGCAGGAUUAAAUCUGUAAAUUCAGAUGGGUUUUUAUAUAAAAAUGACCAGAUUACUGUAUAAAGCAGUACAAUGGGCUCUCGCUUCCACAGAAUCAGUGUGCGGUGAUUUUGUUAAAGCAUAGAAGUGCUAAUGCUUUGACUAAACUGCUGUAAUCAUUCAGAUAUAGGUAAAUCAGAUGUUAUUGCUGUGUCAUAACUAGUUUCAAUAUGUUGUCCGAGGCCGUUCUCCUGAGGUAAUAAUGACAGGCUUGUUUUUAAAGAUUGAGACCUUCCUCAUAUUCUUGUACUAUGCAAUCGUUAUUUUAUUUUCACCGAAUGUGACCAUUAGUCGCUAAAAAUAUUUCUCUUGGGAUGAAUAAAACCACUUUUUGUGCUUGUACCUCAAAAGAAGUUCAUAAAUGCAAUCAGCAAAACGGGCGUCUCUAAGAAUCAGCAAUCGGCUUGACCUACAUUUCAAAAGCAUGUCGAUUAAGUGAAAACUUAACAGACCAACAGUAACAGCUGUUUGCUUUCUUCUGUCCCCCUUUAAGGGUCUUACUCACCCUUUUAGUGAUAAAACAGCUGAGAAGAAUUGUGAGUGCUGGUGAUGAGUUACAUCUCGAAGCAGCUUGCGUUACAGGUCGACUGCUGAUGAACUUCUGGCGAGGUGUGCAUGCUCAAAAACUGAAAAUGUUCUAUCAAUGUGAAAUAAAGUUUAAAGGGGCAGUUCAACCUUAUUGCAAAACCAGUGACUUUUAGCCAUGGAUAUUUGGUUUAUUUGUUGUCAAGGAUUUAAACUAUUGGAGAUUUUGGGCUCCAGCCCAAUACAAUAGCAGAGUAGUAAAUUAAAUGUGUAGCUAUGUUGGCUUUAGACCAGUGUCAGCCGCUCUGUUGACCAUUGUCAUCCACAUUGAAAAACUCCUGUAACUAUUGGAUGAAUUGUAAUGACUAUUAUGAAAUAGGUUAACUUGACUUAAAGUUCUAGUGUGUACGAUUUAGUGACACCUAGUGGUGAAGUUGCACGUUGCAGCUGAAUACCCCUCACCUCACCCUCCCUUUCUAAACAUGAGAGAACCCAGGGAGGCCUUAAGUGGCCUUAACAACCUUGAAGGUGUUUAGUUUGUCCAGUUUGAAGUAUGUAAAUAUAAAGGGCCCAUUCUAAGGUAAAGAAAACAACAAUUUGUACAAUUUAGAUGAAACACUAGUAAUAUCAUCCCUAGGAAUAUUGAAUAUAAAACGUUUGCCAACAGAUCUCUUUCACCUUAAUCUUACACACUGAACCUUUAAGUAAUCCUGACUUUUCAUCAGGUCGACCAUAAGAUCAAAAUAAAGUCCUCUAAAUACGGUGUUUUUUGAAAAAAGUUAAAUUAAUGGCUUUUAUUUUGACCUAAGCUCUUCUUUGUAUUUAUUGCUAUAGUAAACAUAGCCGCUUAAUAUCAACAUGCUACAAUUGUCAUUGUGUGCAUGUUGGCAAGCUGCUCAUAUCACUGCUGAGCUGAAGCAUGGCCACGGGCACGGCUGUAGAAUUUGGAGUCUUGUUGGUUCAUAUACAUUUCUACUUCUACUUCUGGAGACAGGGACUUGGUUCAUCUGGAUAAAUUAUUGAACCAUUGUGGGUUUCUUUUAACUCUUCUAAAAUAAUAAUUGUCAUUUAUUAAAAAAGGAGACAAUGUUUGGAAUGCUAGCAGCCUAGCUCUAUGGAUGUUGAGGCACUGACUUAACCCAUCACGGUCAGGUCAAGUCUAUUAGGUCGACAUUUUGGGGUAAAGAUUUAAUCCCAUGAAAUUAAGAACAAUUAUUUUGGUCCCCACUCAACAAUUCCAAAACUUGGAUCUUCUGACUUAAACCAAAUACCUGCAAAACUCAGCCAUGGGCGAACAUCGUGUUAUGUGCUAAUGAGUAAUAGCUGGUAUGCCGAAAGCCACUGUGAGAGACUCAGCAUAUGACUUAAUAGAUGCUAAUAGAAGCUUAUUUCAAUGUAGGUUUUCAGGGCGGUGAAAUUCAAAUGUGUCAACUUUUUCAUAUAUUGGGUUAGGUAACCCACAAAACUUUUCCAGAAACCAUUAAUUACUUUAGUGUUUUUGAGUCACUAGGCAAGUUGUGUUCACAGUGUGUAGUCUCUCCUAACAACAAAUCACUUUUGUCACUCCCAGUGUAGCUGUACGGUUGUUUUGUACCAUGUACCAAGGGCUGUGAUGCAGCUCCUGGUUUAGGUACUGAUGUAAAUGGUGUAUGUUAAGAAGUUGUAAAUGUGAUGAACUCCAUGCAAUGUAACACCAACAGGUUUGUAUGUAAUGAUGUGACCGUUUAAAUAUUCAUGUCAAGCAAAAGGAACAUUUCACUUGUAAAUAUGGAUUAUGACAAAUACCCUGAGACUCAUGUUCAGUACAUAGUUACAUUUGUUUUUUAGUGUUUUCCACUGUUUGCCUUUGUUCGAGCAUCACCAGUCAUGCACAAAAUAUUUGUUCAACUGGCACCUUAAAGAUAUGUUGACGUGCAUUUUUUUGGAAGAGCAUGGAGGCUUGUACCCACACCGCCUGUGCUUUGGCAUCCUGAUAAGCAGUUUGACUCACUGAAACCUGUUCAAGGCAAAUGGAUAAAAAAAGACAGCUGGCAAAAGUUACACUUCUCUCUCUCUCUCAGUGUGUGUGUGUGAUUUUGAUGAUAAAUUGAUUGAUCAUCAAAUUCUUUAUUAUUAUUAUUCUUUAAUCAUUAAAAUUCUCCAGAGUUCAAAAUUUC